AUGUCUAAAUUACCUGAUUUAUUAAAAAUGACAAGGCCUUAUAUUAUUGGAAUGGUACAUGUUAAAGCUCUACCAGGGACUCCAAAUAAUAAAUUAAAUAUAAAUUCUUUGAUUGAAGAAGCUUGCAACGAUGUUGAAAUAUAUAAGUCGUGCAACGUAAAUUCUAUUUUAGUAGAAAAUAUGCACGAUGUGCCAUAUGUGCAAUCAAAAUCAGUGGGUCCAGAAAUAAUUGCAUCAAUGACAAAAAUUUGUUCUGAAAUUAAAAAUAUUUUGCCUCGGCAUAUGACUUGUGGUGUUCAGAUUUUAGCUGGAGCUAAUAAGGAAGCACUUGCUGUUGCCCAGGCUGCAGAAUUACAGUAUAUCAGAGCUGAAGGUUAUGUUUUCAGUCACAUCGCUGAUGAAGGUUUAAUGAAUUCUUGUGCUGGUGAAUUGCUUCGAUAUAGGAAAUACAUUGGAGCUGAGAAUAUAUCUAUAUGGACUGACAUUAAAAAAAAGCAUUGUUCUCAUUCCAUAACAAGCGAUUUAACAUUAGUGGAAACAGCUUUAGCUGCUGAAUUUUUUUUAUCCGAUGGUAUAGUUCUAACAGGAAAAACUACUGGGAAUGCAAUAAGAAAAUCAGAUUUUAUAAAAAUUCAAAAUUCUUGCUCACUGCCUAUCGUAAUUGGGUCUGGAGUUACAGCUGAGAAUGUUGCUGAUUUUUUAAAUGCUAAUGCUAUUAUUGUGGGAUCAUAUUUCAAAAAGGAAGGAUUGUGGAGUAAUGAAGUUGAUAAAAAUAGAGUGGAGAAUUUUAUGAAUGUGUUAGUGGAAAAAAGUACAAAAAUGCAAUUAAAAAGUUAA